AUGGUGCGACGGAAGGUCAUUAUCGACACGGACUGUGGAGGCGAUGAUGCCAUUGGAAUCAUGGCCGCCAUGACGCACCCUGACGUAGAGGUUCUGGCCAUUCUGGCCGUCUGGGGGAACGUGGAUGUGGAUCAGGGGAUGGAGAAUCUUGGAAAACUGCUUGACCUCUACGGGCGGGACAUUCCCUUUUACCGUGGCGCCGAUGGGCCACUUGUGACUGAUCGUGAAACGGUACAGUGGGGAGGGUUUGGCCGGGAUGGCUUUGGCGACGCUGGGUUUCCUCCGUCGGCGCGGGUGUCAGCGCAGCCCAAGAAGCACGCCGCUCUGGCCCUUGCAGAUAUUCUUAGGGAUGCCAAACCCAAGGAGGAUGAGGUGUACCAGCUGGUGUGCAUUGGGCCCUUGACGAACAUAGCUCUUGCUAUCCGCCUAGACCCGGGUGCUUUCUCGGUGCUUGGCUCCGACACGGAACCCGGAGUGACGAUUAUGGGUGGUACAAGUGAGGGGAAAGGCAACUCGAACUUGAUGGGGGAGUUCAACUUUCACUGCGACCCUGAGGCGGCGUUUGUUGUGUUUCACCACAAGGGCAUCCAGCAGCCCAUACAGCUGGUGAGCUGGGAGGUGACGGUGAACUGUGCCAUGCCGUGGAGGUUUUACGAUGAUUGGGUGAACCGGUGCGAGACUUCAGAGGGAUUCAGGUCGGUGUGCCAAAACAGAUCCCAGAUGUUCAUUGAAAGAAUGUUUCAGCGCCUGGAGUGCUUCACGCGGCCUGACGGGGAUGGAACACGAGCUGACACUGGCGACGCCGAGGCAACGCAGGACGUCACCUGCGUCAUACCAGAUGCGGUGGCGAUGCUUGUGGCGCUCUACCCAGAGAGUCUGCAGGACAGCUUCCUCACGUACGUCACAAUUGAGAUGCGGGGGCGGGAAACUCGUGGGGCGACGUGUAUCGAUUGGUACGGCACAGACCAAUCCAUGGCGAAGAAGGGCCGCUGGCGCAACUGCAGCGUCGUCACGAAAGUGAACCCUGAUAUAUUCCUGGAUGUCAUGCGGCGAAUAGUUGAUUACCCCCUAUAG